CACUUCCACCCUUCUCUCUGCGCCCCCCCCCGUCUCCUCAUUCCGCGAUGCCGCCGCGCAGGAAGCUUCAGCCUCAGUCGCGGCCGAGCGCGAAGCGCGGCCGCCGGGGGAGCGCGGGGCGAGCCCGAGCCCAGGAGCUGCACGGGGAGUCCGGGGAGGAUGCGGGGGAGGAGGAGACCCACAACGCGGCCCCGGAGACGCCGUUCGGGCCCCGGGAGACGGUGCUGCUGAAAGGGGCUCAAGUGUCCGGGCAGCUGCUGAUCUGCGGAGCGACCAAUUGGGACCUGAUUGGCCGCAAGGAUGUGCCCAAACAACAUGUUGCCUACAAGAACCUGGGAGUUUCCCUGUGGGGGCCGCACCGCUACGGCUGUCUGGCCAAGGUGCAUGUGAGCAGUGUGGUGUCGGGCCCAACGGCCUGCCACUGUCUGCUUCUCACCGAUCUCGGGCAGGUCUACACAUGGGGUUCGUAAGAGAGGGCGUCUGAGUGUGAGAGAUUUGUUUUUGCUGUUUGUCAUUGAGGUGAAUUUGUGUAAGAAGGAGAGGGUAUGUGGGGUAGUGUAGCGGUUUUCACAUUUUUCUAUGAACCCUUCAACACCAGUUUGAUUCCCGCUCAUGGCCAACACCAAUGACGA